GUGCCCGGCAGCUCGGAGUCACCAACCUGCGGCUGCGGCGGACGCCCAAGCCCCGGCAGCAACAUGACAGAUCAGGCCUUUGUGACACUGACCACAAACGAUACGUACGCCAAAGGAGCCCUCGUCCUGGGCUCGUCUCUGAAACAGCACAGGACCACCAGGAGGCUGGCUGUGCUCACCACCCCACAGGUCUCGGAAUCCAUGAGAAAAGUUUUAGAGAUAGUCUUUGAUGAGGUCAUCACGGUAGACGUCCUGGACAGUGGUGAUUCUGCUCAUCUAACUUUAAUGAAGAGGCCUGAGUUGGGUGUCACGUUAACGAAACUGCACUGCUGGUCGCUUACACAGUAUUCAAAAUGUGUGUUCAUGGAUGCAGAUACUUUGGUCCUAGCAAAUAUUGAUGAUCUUUUUGAGAGAGAAGAAUUUUCAGCAGCACCAGACCCAGGGUGGCCUGACUGCUUCAAUUCUGGAGUCUUUGUUUAUCAACCUUCAGUUGAAACAUACAAUCAGCUAUUGCAUAUGGCUUCUGAGAAAGGUAGUUUUGAUGGUGGGGACCAGGGUUUACUGAACACAUUUUUUAGCAGCUGGGCCACAACAGAUAUCAGAAAACACCUGCCAUUUAUUUAUAAUCUAAGCAGCAUUUCUAUAUACUCCUACCUCCCAGCAUUUAAAGCGUUUGGUGCAAAUGCCAAAGUUGUACAUUUCCUGGGACAAGUCAAACCAUGGAAUUAUACUUAUGAACCCAAAACAAGAAGUGUGGAAAGUGAUGCCCAUGACCCAACCAUGAUUCAUCCUGAGUUCCUCAACACAUGGUGGGACAUCUUCACCACCAACAUUUUACCUCUGCUGCAACAAUUUGGCCUUGUCAAAGACACCUUCUCAUGCCCAAAUGUGCUUUCAGACUUGGUCUAUACACUGGCUUUCUCUUGUGGCUUCUGUAGAAAGGAAGAGGUUUCAGGAGCCAUGUCACACCUGUCCCUUGGGGUGAUCCCAGCUGUGGCAGAACCUUUUGUAUCCUCAGAAGAGCGGAAGGAGCGGUGGGAACAGGGCCAAGCUGAUUACAUGGGAGCAGAUUCCUUUGACAACAUCAAGAAGAAACUUGACACGUACCUCCAGUAGAAAUACUGCCAUUUUCCUGUGAACACUUCUCCUUCACAGGCACUUCUUUCUGAUACUUAAUAUCUAGACCUGGGUUGAGAAAGGCCUGUUACAGUUGCUAGAGGCUUUCACUAACACUCAUCAGAUGAAGGGUUUUUGCAGGACGGCAGGGGGGAACUGGGCAAAAGUGUGAAAGCAACUCCGUUAUGUGGACAGUGUUCUGCUUUUUAAAUGUAGGUGUAUUCAGUUAAUGGUUCAGAAGUUCUCAGUGCUGAUUGCCAAUCUGUGUGAUAAGGGAAACUCAGCAUUACGCUUUAAGAAGGCCAUAUCAAGCUUUAAAAUAUGCAGAGCCAGACUCCAAAUCUAUCUCUCUUCAGAAUGGAGAUGUGGCAUCUGUCUCUUGCUUGCUCAUUGUACCCACUAGGCCUGCAUUUUUAAAUUGCCCAGAGCCAGCCAGAGUGAUUGUAAUUCUGCUUUCAGGAAAAGGCAGCGUAUUACACUGCUGAGUGAUUCAUAAACAUACCAACAAACAGAAUUAACCCAUUUCAUUUCUUAGUCUUAGAGUCUGAAGACGUUCACCAGUUUUCUCUGUACAGCAAGGCCGCAUGCUAAAAUGCUUUUGUUCAGUUCUGUAUUAUAGCAGUGUGUUCUCUGAAUAGUUACCCGCAGUGGAACCAUAUAUGAAAAAUAAAGACAUAUUG